UCUCACUCUCUCUCUCUCUGCGCGCUCCCUCCUCCCGCCGUUACGGAUCUCUCCUCAUUCUCUGUGUCAUCGCAGAGCGGUCAGCACUCAUCCCCCAGAGCAGGAGAAACAAAAUAUCACUCAAAAGAAUUUCACCAUAAUGGUAUGGAUUACGCCACCGCUCUGCUGCGCUCUCUCUGAAGGUGACAUGACAUAUUCAAGAAUGUCAGGAAUCUGAGGGGGCGGCACCAUGGAUCCUUGGAUAUUUCCAUCCUCGCCCCCCAACCUGUCUGAGCCCCUCAUGUAUGACAGCUUCGUUCUGAGCAAUGACUCAGACGAGGGCCUGAGGAAUGCCACGGACCACGGUUUCACCAGGACCAGCACAGUGGUCAUCACCUUCAUCUACUUUGUGGUUUGCGCCGUAGGGCUUAGUGGCAAUGCUCUGGUCAUCUACGUCAUCCUGCGCUAUGCUAAGAUGAAGACGGUGACCAAUAUCUACAUCCUCAACCUGGCUGUGGCUGAUGUGCUUUUCAUGUUGAGCCUCCCCUUUAUCGCCAUCCAGCUAGCCCUGGUCCACUGGCCCUUUGGUGCAGCGCUGUGCCGUGUGGUCAUGACCGUUGACUCUCUUAAUCAGUUCACCAGCAUCUUCUGUCUGAUGGUGAUGAGCAUCGACCGCUACUUGGCUGUAGUGCAUCCCAUCAAGUCUACUAAGUGGAGGAAACCCCGGGUGGCCAAGACCAUCAACUUGGCAGUGUGGGUGGUCUCCCUGCUGGUCAACAUGCCCAUCGUCAUCUACAGCGGCUUGAUCACCAAGCCAGGCGGUUGCUUCUGUACCAUUGUGUGGCCUGAGCCGGAGGAGGCCUACUACACAGCCUUCAUGUUCUACACCUUCUUUUUGGGCUUCUUCUUGCCCCUGAUGGUCAUUUGCCUGUGCUACCUGCUCAUCAUCAUCAAAGUGAAAUCUUCAGGGAUACGAGUGGGCUCCUCCAAGAGGAAGCGCUCGGAGCGGAAGGUGACACGCAUGGUCUCCAUUGUGGUAGCCGUGUUCGUGUUCUGUUGGCUGCCGUUUUACGUAUUUAACGUGACAUCUGUGACGGGCACCAUCAGCACGACGCCCAUUUUGAGGAGCACCUUUGCCUUUGUGGUGGUUCUGGGAUACGCCAACAGCUGUGCCAAUCCCAUCCUGUAUGCCUUCUUGUCGGAGAACUUCAAGAAGAGCUUCCAGAACGUUCUGUGCCUCAAAAAGGUAGGUGGCCUGGAUGAGAUCGAGCGCAGUGACAGCAGGCAGGACAAGUCGCGGAUGAUGAACGACCCCACAGAGACUCAGAGCACGCUUUUGAAUGGAGACCUGCAGACCAGCAUCUGAGAGAGAGGAGCCAAUCACUCCUAAACCUAUAGGUGCACAUACGAACACUGCACUUACUUGUGCAAGAAACAGAUGGACAAGGAAGUUCAGAGAGAAACUGAGCAGGAGGAAGACUGUCGAAUAAGACCAACAGAUGGUCUAAGUGCCACUCUACAGGCAUUCUCAGUAAGUGUGCUGGUCAAUUUCUCCAAUUCAAAAAUGCGAACCACAUGACUGAACCUUUUGUGCAGUGCUCGGUCAUCUUGAACCUUUUCAAAAAUGGAAGGAAAACUCAUCUGGAACAUUUUAAGAUAUUAAAACAGAGUUUAAUUCCUGCAUUCUGAUGGCCCUGCAUACCUAAAAGUACCAGUUCACAACGACCAUGAGGGUCAUGCUGACAACAGAUACUCAUGAAUCCCUGCCACACAAGGAGUCAAGGUUUGCAUGUAGCUCAGAAAGUGCUCCUGGAACAUCUCUAGGAGACCCAUGUAUGGAGAACUCUCACAAAUCCAACACUAUUAACUCAUCUAUCCAUUUUGAUGGAUGGAUUUGCUUUUCUCUGAAGGGGAAAGACUGAAGGAACUACCACUCUUCUGAUUGAGAGUUCUCAAAUUGUUAUUAUUUUAAGUGCCACCUCUGAAAAAUGAAGGUGCCCCCAAGCGCGGCACCACUUAUGAAUGUUUAUCGUCUACAGAAUGGGACUGAAUGCCUAUGUUUAUGUGACUUAGCCAGAAUGUACAGUUUUGUAUUUUUCUCUUUCUGCUUCGAGACGUGAUUCAUUCACACACGUAAUGUGAUGUAGAAUAGUGAACAGUAUUUGCUGAGACCUGGUUCAAGUGACCUGUUCCUCUCUUAUCCUUAUGUAGCCUGCCUAGAGUGUUUGAUGGCAUAACUGCUGGCUUAACACUAACCAAACUGCUGCUAGACUGUAUAGACUCGUGCAUUCAAAGAUGACAUCGUCUA